CCAGCUCGGCCGCCAUCCGCGCCACAGUCACCGACGCCACCGCCUCCAAUUUCAAUCCGUCCAUUCCCGCCGUCGCCUCGAGCCAUCGGCCGCUCGUCGCGCUACCACAGUGAGCCCGACCAUCUUGUGUCGCCGCGGCGCUCGUUAUUUCUCGACGAUUUAACUCCUAAGCGCGAUAUUUUUGACGAGCAAAGUUUCCUCUCCGGACCCCAGCAUGAACAAGCUGUACAUAGGGCGCCUUGCCGAGGGCACGCAGGCGGCUGAUCUCGAGAGGGUGUUCACGGAGGCGGGCGUCCCGCCGCGGGGCCGCUUCGUGCUGAGACGGGGCUUCGCCUUCGUGGACUGCGCGGACGAGAGGGCCGCGCAGAAGGCCAUCGACCUGCUCUCCGGAAAGGCAGAGAUUCAGGGGAGUACUAUUGAAAUCGAGCAUUCCGUGCCAAGGUGGCAGAGAUAUCGUAAAAUACAAGUGCGUGACAUUCCGUCGAGCCUGCAGUGGGAGGAGCUGUUGAGCAUUCUGGCCGAAUGUGGCAGCGUGGAGAGCUGCAAUCGUGUAAAUUCUGAAGGAUCCUCCACAGUGGUGAACGUUGUUUUUUCAACCAAGGAACAAGCGGAGAUUGCCCUGGACAUGCUGAAUAACAAGGAGGUGAGCAGCCGGCAGCUGAAGGCGUCGUACAUUCCGGACGAGGACGUGCCAAACCAGAGUCCUCGCGAGGCGGGUGACAGCCGUACGAUGCGGAACCCCAAGAGGGGGGGCUACUUCCCCAGGCAGGAUGCGCCCAGGCAAGGACCGGACAUUCCCGUGCGCAUUCUGGUUCCUGCCCAGUUUCUGGGAGCCGUUUUUGGGAAGGAAGGUGCCACCAUCAAGAAAAUCACGCAGGAGUCGCGCUCAAAAAUCGACGUUCAGCGCAAGGAGUGGAGCGGCUCGGCGGAGAAGGUGGUCACCAUCCACUCGAGCGAGGAGGGCUCCAUCGAGGCGUGCCGCCUCAUCCUGGACAUCGUUCGCGACGAGGCCAAGAGCACCAACUUUUCCGGAGAGAUCCCUCUUAAGCUGUUGGUUCACAAUGACUUUGUGGGUCGCAUCAUCGGCCGGGAGGGCCGCAACCUGAAACGGAUCGAGCAGGAAUCUGGAACGAAGAUCACCAUCUCCCGUCUGCAAGAUCUGUCCAUGUACAACCCGGAGCGGACCAUCUCUCUGGACGGGAGCACGGAGCAGUGCAUGAAGGCCGAAGCAGAAAUCGUGAAGCAGGUCUGGGAGAUGUGCGACCGGGACGCCGAGUCGGCUCAAGUGAGUAACGAGAUGGAGGCCAACUUCAUUCCGGGUAUGAACCUGGGCAUGGUGGGGCUGUUUCCGCCUAGUGGCAGCAUGCCCAACACCCCCAGGGGCGAGCAGGAGACCGUGUUCCUGCUUAUCCCGGCACAGGCGGUGGGCACCAUGAUUGGGCGGCAGGGCCAGCACAUCCAGCAGCUGGCGCGCUUCGCCGGCGCCAACAUCAAGAUCGCCCCGGCCGAAACUCCAGAGAGCAAGGAAAGGAUGGUCAUCAUCACAGGCCAUGCCGAGGCUCAGUUCAAGGCUCAGGGCAGGAUCUUCCGGAAGCUGAAGGAGGAGAACUUCGUGCCCCCACGAGAGGAAGUGAGGCUGGAGGUGCGCAUCAAGGUGCCGACGGCAGCAGCCGGACGAGUCAUCGGCCGAGGAGGGCGCACGGUGACCGAGCUGCAGAACCUGACGUGUGCCGAGGUGUUGGUGCCGCGAGACCAGACCCCGGAUGAAGACGACUACAUCUUCGUCAAGAUUGUCGGGCACUUCUUCGCCAGCCAGAUGGCCCAGAGGAAGAUCCGUGAGAUCGUGGCUCGGCUGAAACAGAGGCCCAGUCCUCUUCGGCAAGGCAAGCAGCAGCAGCAGGAGCAAGAUUAAAACCGGGGCCAUGUCAGGGAGGGUGAGGAGUGGGGUUGAGAGUGGGAAGGGGGGGGGGGGAGGUUUUUCAGUGAGCAGAACCACAGGGAUGGUUGGUUGGAUUGUGGAGGCAGUCUUGUCAGCCAGCCCUAUGAUUCUCACCCACUCACACAACCACCUGUUUUCUGUAUUCAUACCUGGGUGGAUGAAAGUGCCUUUUCAUAUUCCUCUCUUACUGAUGUUAGAGAGAUCCUCUCCCUGUUCCAAAACCUCCGACUCUCUCGGCUCCUUUGCUCCCCACAAAAAAAAUGCAUAUCCCUUCUUCGGGAUUAGUAAUUGUUUUCAUUUAUUUUAUUUGUAUUGUAUUCCUCUAACAAAAAAAGGAGAAAAAAAAGUGAAUCCUCGGACCAGCGUGGCUCAGUCAGGAGUCGCCAUGUGGCUUGAAGUUUGUUUCUAGGAACACCGAGCAUGUUUACUGUGCUUUCUUCUCUCUCAAGUGUCUCCCACUGGGUUAGAGAUCUCCAGCGCAAAGAGUGUUUUACCGAAAGCUCUCAAAUAGUCUGCUCCCAACCACAGAGGUCAAAAAAACACUACGUGUUCCGAACAGUCUCUGCUACUCUCGUACACACUGUUGCCAAACGCUGGAAGAGGGAAGAGGGGGCUGGGGGGCGAGGGCGCACUUUGCUCACGCAGCUCUCUCACCGCAGCUUCGUGUGCCCCCCCCCCCCCCCCCUUGUCAGUGCGUCCUUCCUUCCUCACCGCUGUGUUGACCAAACGCAGCAGUUUCAGUCUGCGUGACAACGGUUCGACGUCAAUUGUUGGCCGUGUUUGGUCCGUGUCAUUUAUUGAAACCAAAAAAAAGUAUGCCGUUGGUCAGCGUCUAGAAAAGACAUUUAAAAAAAACAUUUCCACAGUGCAAGGCAAUAAAAGAGUAGGAAUUUUAUUGUUGCUUUUGAGAUUGCUUUUUUUGUAAUUGACACGAGUUGGUAUAUUUUUUUUAAUGCACAAACUGUGCUGAAAGGCAAUUUGUAAACUAGCAAAUUGGAACGUGUAACACUAAAGCAGGUGAUUUUCGUUAUGAUUUUCUAGACGCCGGCCCACACUCUGUGUGCGCGCGUACGUGCGUGCACUUCUGUCUUCCUUCCAAGACUGUGACUUAGCAGCAGCAGCUACCUCAUUCACUGGUACCUCAUAACGUCUCAUUGGAAACUGGGAUUCUGUAAAACUCCAUGGGGGCACGUGUUGCCCAGGCAGCUCACAGCCCGCUCGGGACGAGUCUGUGCGGUUUUUUUUCUUCCCUUCCCCUGUUGCAGUCAAAACAAGAAACCUCUAAAAAAGAACACCUCAAACCGGGAAACCUCAACAAUAUCCGCCCCCUUUAUAAUGGCAUCGCAAGUUUAUCACCAAGUUCACAUUAACCAUGCGCUCACUGGCUUUGCAGAGAACUUCAAAUCGUAUGCUGCGCCCACUGUCCCUUUUUUGUAGCGAACGACGACGCGUGUCUGCGUACGGUUUAAAGCGUCAUCUCAAAAUCCUGUAUUUUGUUGCCGCAAGAAAUUAAUCUGGCAGCUGUUGCGCCACAACUGUUUACUACUACACGCAGUAGCGUAUCUGCUCGGGGAUGGGGUGGCGCGUGUGACGGAGGUGAUGCACGGUUAAUAUGAAGUUGAGUUAGUGAAGCGCUGUGUUUUUCAUGGUGGCUGAUGUUACGGCAUUGGGAGCAGAAAGAACGGAAUUUGUUUUGGUGCUGUUUUCCCCUAAAGGCGCACUGCUUAGAAUAUCGCUCGAAUGUGCGUCGACUUGACGGUAAAUGCUCGUUUUGAAGGCACUUAUUAUUUUUACCCUUGGUUAUUGUUUUUUUAAUUGUUGGUAUUGUUUCUAUUAUUAUUUUACAGUUAAUGGUAAUUGCUGCAUUGUAUGAAAUGGUGCUAAUGGUGGAAGCUGCACGUGUAAGUUGUAGCGUAGUUUUGAACUUCGAAAGGGCCUACAUUGACACCGCACUGGAGGCGCCGACUUCCUAAUUUCUUUUGGAUAAUUGAUGCACACAAAUUUACAGCAAACACCUUCAACGUGACACAAAUGAAAUGUUGGUGAAUUAGAUUUUUUGUUUUCAUCAAAAAGUAUAUGCAAAUGAAAAAAAAAAUACAUGAAAAUGCAUUGUACGGUAACCAAGCGGCCUUAAAUCCUUAAAAGAAACCUUGAAAUCAUUCCAGCAGGUUAAGUGGCGCGGAUGAAUUUUUCUUCACGCAUGUCCAGUGGCCAAUGCCAGCCAGCGGCGUGGCUGCGUGCAACCCGGUCUUGGAACAAACCGUGUGGAAUGAACAAAUGAAUUGUAAGAAUAUAGCACAGGUUCGUUUUAGCCGCCGGUGACCCCCCCCCCCUUCCCCCAAGCCUGGUGGAUGAGCGUGGCGUUGAAAAUUAUUCCCUGCGGAGUGUUUUAGCAGAGUCUCGUCACAGAGCAACGCGUUAUGUGCAAACAUUGUCCUUUGCAUCCAUUGUGUGGCUUCUCAAAAUAUCCGUAUCUCUCGGUUCCACUUGGACUCGCUAACACCACCCAAGUGUUCUCAACAAACUUGUUUUCUCCCGGUCACAUUCACGAGUCUGGCUACAGUGGUGUGCCUUUCGGUAUGCAAGAGAAGCCCCCCCCCCACCCCCCCUGAUUGCACCGUUGCUUUGACUUGGGCUGAAGCCAAGGGACUGGGUUGUGGGAUUUUGCGAGCUCCGUUGGGAAUUCUUUUUUUGACGAUGGAACCGUGGGGAAAGUGGGUUUUGCGGUCGCCGAGGCUCGCAUCCAAGACCAGGGUCGCGUUUGGAAAAUUUUCAGGCAGCCAGCCACCUCGUAUGCCAAUUUGGUUACAUGGCUGUAUUCAAGAUUGAAUAAACAUUUUCUUGGACA